UUUUUUUCCUUCACAUUUCACAUCACUCCAACUUUUCUCACAUAACACAUAAAAUCGCCAUGGCCCGCCAACGUUCUCGUGCUGCUCCUGCUCAACAGACCCGCAAGGCUUCCACUAUGCCUACCCGCCAGGCUCCUCCCCCACCUGCCCCUGCACAUCCCCCUCAGCACCAGAUGACUGCUCCUCCUCAACAACCCUCGGCCAUGGCUCACCCUCCUCCUCAGCAACCCGGUCUUUUCGCUCAAAUGGCCUCCACUGCUGCUGGUGUCGCCGUCGGCUCUGCUGUCGGACAUACCGUUGGUGCUGGCAUCUCUUCCAUGUUUGGUGGCUCUGGUUCUUCUGAAGCUGCUGCUGAGCCUCAGCAACAACAGCAAUCUGCACCUCAAUAUCAGCAGCCCAUGUAUCAGCAGCCAAUGUACCACAAUGCUGCCGUCCCCGCCUCUGCCACCUCAUGCGAAGCUGAUGCCAAAGCCUUUACCAAGUGUCUCGAGAGCAACGGUAACGACAUGUCUGUUUGUCAAUGGUACCUUGAGCAGCUCAAGGCUUGCCAGUCCAUGGCCGCUCAAUAUUAAGCGGUUUUUUUUUUU